AUGAGCCGAAGAAUAGCCAAGUAUCAAAGUGAUAAAGUUAAACCAGAAACUUCUUUCUCUAGUCCAAAGCCUUCCCUGUCUAAAUUGUCAAGACUGGGUAAUGAUAUUAUUCCCUUCCAUCACGUACGCACCUACACACCUAGUAAAGUGAUUGACUUAUUUUUGGAGAACUUCAAGUAUAUCUUGGCAUCGGAGGAUCUUCCGGAUAUGAUACAAUUGGUAAAGGGAGAAUUAUUUAAGCGCGACUAUCUUUCAGCUUUUAAUAAUGACGAUAAGCGGUUCGCUUAUGUUGCUCGAUGGUCUCCGUCAAGAGCGUUGGCAUAUUCUUCCCUUUUUGCCUCACUCGAAUCCGUUGCAAAAAUGUUUGAAGACCCCGAAAGGAAAAAUAGGGUACUAUGCGUGGGAGGUGGCGCAUCCUCUGAAUUGGUUGGGAUGGCAUCCCUUUUCUGUGCCAUGAAGCAAAAUAAUGCCGAAACACCCUCGAGCUUGCAGAUGGAUAUUAUUGACAUUGCCGAUUGGUCUACUAUUGUGCAUAAUAUUUCUUCAUUCAUACAGAAACAAUGGCUUUAUGAUGCGUCCAAAUUUUCCGCCAAAUUCAUUCACGGAGAUGUGUUGUCUGAAUCCUCAGCAUCACUCCAGUUGUCCCAAUUGGAUUUAAUAACCUUACUUUUUACGACAAACGAAUUAUUUUGCGAAAAGAAAACAGAAACAAUUAAGUUUUUGCAGUCAUUGAGUGCCCAUUGUCGUCAAGGAACUUUACUUCUCAUUACAGAGAGUGCUGGGUCAUAUUCUCAUAUUACUGUCGGCCUGAAGAAGUUCCCGGUGCAAUUCUUGAUCGAUACUAUUCUACUUGGCAAGCCUGGAGAUGAUAAUGGCGCUUGGCAAAUUAUUGACCAAAGCGAAAGCUGUUGGUAUAGAAUUAACGACAAAGAUAUAAACUAUCCAGUCAAGCUUGAGAAUAUGAGGUUUUUCUACCGCUUGUACCAAAAAAGAUAA